AUGAGUAGCAGCAACAACAAGUCAGCACACUAUGAUAGCAUAUACUACGAUACAGACGAUGAAGACAAUGCCACAGACCACAAGAUCCCAACAAACGACGAGUUGCUUUACGAUCCAAGUAUGGACGACCAGGACGAGGCUUGGAUCCUGAAUCAAAUCAAAAAGGCUGGUGGUAAAGAAGCUCAAACGGAUGCCGUUUUGACAUGUCCAAUGUGUUUUUCUCCACUCUCGUACAAUUGCCAAAGGCACGAGCGAUAUACGAAUCAAUAUCGAGCCAUGUUUGUCACCAAUUGCCGAAUCAUCAAAUCCGAGCGGUACAAGGACAAGGGCAGCGAUGAGGCAUUCUAUCCAGUGCAUUGUAGUUCAUGUGACACGCAUGUUGCCAUGAUGGAUGAGGAAGAAGUGUAUCAUUUUUUCAAUAUAAUUGCAACUUGA